GAACUUUUCCCAGCUUGACCAUGUGGAAUUCAGAUAGACAGCAGCAACAACAAAAUGGUGUAAUUACCUCAACAAAUGCAGGAACACAAAAUACCAAUAAUGGCAAUGGUUCAAGAUCCAGCUCACAAAAUCCACCCAAACAAUUAGGUAUGACAUCCGCCAUUAGUUUGGCAGGUCCACGUCCCGAAGAUGUACAAAAAACAGAAGAACUACGCAAAGCUUUGGAGCCAUACAAAGUCUUUGAAACCGAAGAAGAAUUAAAUCAUCGCAUGGAAAUUCUUGCCAAGCUAAAUACACUGGUCAAACAAUGGGUUAAAGAUGUUUCCAUUGCCAAAAAUAUGCCCGAAGCAGCUGCCUCGAAGUUGGGCGGUAAAAUUUACACCUUCGGUUCAUAUCGUCUGGGUGUACAUCAUAAGGGUGCAGAUAUUGACGCAUUGUGUGUGGCACCACGCAAUAUAGAACGUUCCGAUUAUUUUACAUCAUUCUUUGAGUUGAUGAAAAAACAACCGGAGGUUACCGAAUGCCGAGCCGUGGAGGAGGCAUUUGUGCCGGUAAUCAAAAUGAAUUUCGAUGGCAUCGAAAUAGAUUUGCUAUUUGCUCGUCUAUCUCUCAAAGAGAUACCCGAUGAUUUUGAUUUACGUGAUGAUAAUUUGUUAAAGAACUUGGAUCCACGUUCGGUGCGUAGUUUAAACGGUUGUCGUGUAACAGAUGAAAUAUUGUCGCUCGUACCCAAUAUUGAGAAUUUUCGUUUAGCUUUACGUUCCAUUAAAUUGUGGGCCAAAAAACAUGGCAUCUAUUCCAAUUCCCUGGGUUAUUUUGGUGGUGUGACAUGGGCCAUGUUGGUGGCCCGAACUUGCCAAUUAUAUCCAAAUGCCACAGCUGCCACAUUGGUUCAUAAAUUCUUUUUGGUCUUUUCACGUUGGAAAUGGCCACAUCCCGUAUUGCUAAAACAUCCAGACAAUGUUAAUUUAAGAUUUCCCGUUUGGGAUCCUAGAGUUAAUGCCUCGGAUCGUUAUCAUUUAAUGCCCAUCAUAACACCAGCAUAUCCCCAACAAAAUUCCACAUUUAAUGUAUCUGAAUCAACAAAGAAAGUUAUUUUAAUGGAAUUCAAUAGAGGCAUGACCACAACUGAUGAAAUCAUGUUGGGCCGUGCUAGCUGGGACAGAUUAUUUGAAGCUCCCAGUUUCUUUUAUAGAUAUCGCCACUUUAUUGUGCUCCUGGUAAAUUCACAAACCGCUGAUGAUCAUUUGGAAUGGUGUGGUUUGGUCGAAUCUAAAAUUCGUUUACUUAUAGGCAACUUAGAACGUAAUCAACACAUUUCAUUGGCCCAUGUCAAUCCCAAGUGUUUUGAGCACAAAAAGGGCAACAGUAACAACAACAAUAAUAAUAAUAACAACAACAGUUCAUGUUCACAGAACAGUAGUGGCAAUGAAGAGGAUAAAACUGGUGGGUCGUCACAACAGACAACAACAUCAACGGUAACCAGCUCGCCAUUCUGUUCAAUGUGGUUUAUAGGUUUAGAAUUUGAACGCACGGAAAAUCUCAAUGUAGAUUUAACGGAAAGUAUACAAAACUUUACGGAACAUGUUAUACAGCAUGGUGUAAAUAUUAAAAUGCUUAAGGAAGGUAUGUCUAUUGAAGCACGCCAUGUUAAACGUAAACAAUUGUCACAGUAUUUGGACGCUGAUUUCCUGAAGAAGGAACGUAAAUCUAUGGAAAGCCAUAAUAAUUUCAAUAAUCAGAUUAUGGCUAAUCGCAAAAGGCUAUCCACAGAAAUGCAAAAAGAUGGUGGCAGUAAUGGUAGUAGUAAUAAUGUUAAACGUUCACGUGUCAGUGAAUCGAAUGAGGAAAAUUCAAAUGCAUCAAGUGAUGCUGGUGGCGCCACAACUCCCACAACACCCACCUCUACCCAACAGACGCCGCCGACAUUUAGUAAUGCCAGCAGCAAACAGGCAACACCUGUGGACGAUCAUUCAGAUAAUAGCAACAGUGGUGGUGGUAACAGCAGCAGUGCAAAUGGCAAUGGCACACCCAACAGCAAUUCGGCAACAGCUUCAACGCAACCCGCAACCGAAGUUGCAUGCUCGUGACCGCCGCCGCCGCAUACGACGUCAGCGACACCGCAUCCGCAUCUCUAUCCUCCCACGCAUACACUGCUGACCCAUGGCUCACCACAUCCUCUGCUUCAUCAUAAUACACAGAAAUUUCGCAAAAACAACAAUGCCGCUGCAGCUGCCAAUUCCAAUAGCAUUUUUUGCCAACGUCUAACAUCCAGCUCUACAUCAGUGUCAUCGUCGUCGUCUUCAUCAUCGUCUUCAACAGUGAAUCCCACGACUUUGUACAAUCGUCAUCCAAGACGUCUCUCCAAUUCGUACAGCAACAACAACCACAGCCACAAUCACAACCAUAGCCA